GGUGGGCGGGGCCUGUGGCAGCAGCAGGCUCAUUGUCUGAGGAGGCAGAGGGACAAAGAGGGGGAGGCCGAGUCUGUCUCUUUCUUCAUGUGGGGGAGGAGAGGGGGAGGAUUAACCGGCUCAUCUGCGACACGCGCUCACACACAGCACGCAUUUCAUAUCAACACUCACACACACACACUCACAUACUCACACACACACACACACACACAGACACACACACACGGCGGCCGAGCUUCAUCUGGAUCAGCAUCAGCACCAUCCUCCUGCUCCUCCUCCUCCUCCUCAUCAGCGGCGGCGGAGAGGACGGUAGACAAAGAGACACGGAGACAGAGACAGACAGACAGGCCGGAGGUGGAGGGACUCGGUCCUCACCGUCUGACGGGAGACAGACAGACACAGGGCGACAGACAGGAGACAGAGACAGAGACAGGCCUUCGCCGCCUCCACCGCCCGUCUCUGUUCCCUGUGUGAUGGCCGACCACAUGUUCCCGCUGCUGCUGCUGCUGCUGCUGCUGUGUGUGUGCUGAGUGUGUGUUGUUGCAGGUGGGUGUGUUCGGUGUGUGUGUGUGUGUUCGUGGUCCGGUGUGUGUUAUGGGGAACGCGGAGAGCAUGGAGAGCCAGCUGGCGGUGAUCCGGUCCAGAGCCGCUCCAGUCCGACUCCCGAUGCCCGACCCGGCCGAGCUGGAGGAGAGGUUCUCCAUCGCACUGAAUUCAAUGAACCUGCCUCCGGACAAGGUGCGUCUGCUGCGUUCCUACGACAACGACAAGAAGUGGGAGCUGAUCUGUGACCAGGAGAGGUUCCAGGUGAAGAACCCUCCACACACCUACAUCCAGAAACUGAGGGGCUUCCUUGACCCGGCCGUCACACGCAAGAAGUUCAGAAGAAGAGUUCAGGAGUCAACUCAAAUGCUCAGAGAACUCGAGAUUUCUCUUCGUACAAACCACAUCGGGUGGGUCAGAGAGUUCCUGAAUGAGGAGAAUCGAGGUCUGGAUGUUCUGGUCGAGUAUUUGUCCUUCGCUCAGUACGCCGUCACGUUUGAUGGCGAGCAGUCGGAGGCAGGAGGUGAGGUCUCGUCCAUAGAUUCUCCCUGGAGUCGGUCCAUAGAGGAUCUCCAUGGCGACUGCAGCCUCCCCUCCCCGUCCUCGUCCGUACCCCGAGCAGCCCGACACUCCAUCAGCUCGGCAAUGGUGACUCGCUCCAACACUCUGCCUAGUCGUCGCACUCUGAAGAACUCGCGACUCGUCUGUAAGAAAGACGACGUUCACGUUUGUGUCAUGUGUCUGAGAGCCAUCAUGAACUACCAGUACGGAUUCAACAUGGUGAUGUCACAUCCUCACGCUGUCAACGAAAUCGCCCUCAGCCUCAACAACAGGAACCCCAGAACAAAGGCUCUGGUGUUGGAGUUAUUGGCGGCAGUGUGUUUGGUCAGAGGAGGACAUGAGAUUAUCCUGUCAGCCUUCGACAACUUCAAAACUGUGUGUUCAGAGUCGAUGCGUUUCGAGAAGCUGAUGGAACAUUUUAAGAACGAGGACGACAACAUCGACUUUUUGGUGGCCUGCAUGCAGUUCAUUAACAUCGUGGUUCACUCGGUGGAGGACAUGAACUUCAGAGUCCAUCUGCAGUAUGACUUCACCAAGCUCAACCUGGACGAACACCUGGAGAGGCUGAAGCACACGGAAAGCGACAGGCUGCAGGUUCAGAUCCAGGCUUAUUUGGACAACGUGUUUGACGUCGGGACGCUGCUGGAGGAUGCUGAGACCAAAACUGCGGCCCUGGAACGAGUGGAGGAGCUGGAGGAGAGCCUGGGCACGAUGUCAGAGCGUCUCCUAGACGUGGAGAAUGAAGCAAUGCUGAAGAUUGUCGAACUGGAGAAACAGCUGAUGCAAACCAACAAGGAGCUGGACCACAUCCGGGAGGUGUACGCAAGCACCAACUCUCAGGUGCACACGUUGAGGCGGAUGGUUCGGGAAAAGGACCAGACGAUCCGGCGUCAGAGCCGUCUGGAACGCCAGGCUCAGGAGGCCCAGCAGGCAGGAGGACCCGGAGCUCCUCAACCCCAGAGAGGAGAGGGUGAUGGGGGAGUGGCUGACUCCGCCUCCCCGUCACCUCCACCUUGUCCUAACCUGUCCCCCAGGUGAGACACGCCCCACAGUUAGAAACUCAAGCUACAAUAAUCUAGACCAGAACCAGAGUGGACGUGAAAUAUGCAGCGGUAUAUAAAAUCUAGAGGACCUAGAACAGAACCUCGAGGAACACCAUAUGUCAGUAUUAAGACUAAAGUAUAACCUGUAAAGGACCAAAAACAGAACAAAGAGGAACCCCAUUAGUCAUUAUAAACACAGUAAUGUAAUACAUUUUAAAUUAUAAAGGAUCAAGAACAGAACCCAGGAGACCCCCCAAGUCAUUAUAAACAACGUUCAAGAAAACAUAGUAAAGGACUGAGAACAGAGCCCUGAGGAACUCCUAAAGUCAUCAUUACCACUGUAAAAAAAUAAUAACUUGAUCUUAUAAAGGAACUAGAACAGAACCCAGAGGAACCCCCCAAGGCAUUCCAAAGACUGUAAAAGAAGUAUUAUGAAGGACCGAGACUAGAAUCCUGAAGAACCCCAUGUCACAAUUAACACUGUAAAUGUGAAGAUCAUGUUGCUCUCUGUUUGCUGAAUGUGUAUGCAUGUAGAAGCAGAAGAAGAAGAAGAAGAAGACGAAAAAACGAGCAGGAAAACAAGACAGUGGGCAGGCAGGCAGUCAGGCAGUCCUGCACAGGACCGUGCAGGACUGCCUGCCAGGCCCCUAAUUAUGAAGGACCAAGAACAAAACCCUGGAGAACCCCAAAUGUCAUUAUUAACACUGUAAUAGAAUACAUUUAAAAUAAGAAGAAAAAUAA